GAGACUGAAAACAAGGUUUACUCAGAGCAGAUGCAAUGCGUGGUCUUCGACUGAUUUAUAUUUUUACUUUAUUUGCAUUGACAGGAUACUUUAUCUUAGUUUUACGCUUUUUCUAUAUUAGGACACAUGCACAAGGACUAUACAGAGGGUAUCUGUAUGAUAGUAAUGUGUUUCCUGUAUCAAGAGACGCAGAUGCAUGGCCCAGUAAACAGAAUAUGAACUCUAGUUCUCAAGUAUUCCCUUUGAGGUAUAAUGAACCAAGGAACAUCACGGCAUGCGAGCCUCGAAAGCACAUCGUCUAUCUAAAAACUACCAAGUGCUUUUCAACCACAUUUCAUCAUAUUAUGAAGCGUUUCGCGCUCAAAUACGAUCUGAACAUCCUGAAGCCGAAAGCUAAAGGGCAUUUUUAUCCGACGAAACCGCUCCGCCCGAGGCGGAUCACCAAGGAAGAUGCCCUCUACAAACCCAGAAUGACAUAUGAUAUGAUUGUGGAUCAUAUGGUAUUUGACUACGAUGUCGUCAGUAGUAUGAUGCCGUCAGAUUCGUUUUAUGUCGGAGUUGUCCGAGAACCUUUUUCUCAGUUCACGAGUGCCUACAACUCAUUCUCUUUGUGGACUAAAUUUAAUGUCCAAAUUGACGAAUUUCUCAGUGCCCCAGAAGCGUACUGGAAACAACACGUGCGGCAAAGAGAUAGAGCGACUUACGCCAGAAACAGUAUGAUGGCCGAAUUUGGGUUUCCAGACGAGAGAGAAGAUCUUAGAGAUAACGAACCCUUCAUUGAACAUUACGUUCAUUACCUCGAUUCCAAGUUCGAUUUUGUGCUCGUUACGGAGUAUUUUGACGAAAGUUUGAUCUACCUGAGGCGUCUUUUGUGUUGGGAAAUGGAAAAUGUGUUGUACGUGCCGGGAAAUGUCGGAUCGUACACGUUUGAACCAAAGACCGUUGCCAAGUCGUCUUUUUUGUUGACACACCAAAAGUGGAGCAAAGCAGACUAUUAUUUGUAUCGCCAUUUUUUGGCUAAAUUCAAAGAGACUCUAAAGCAUCAAGGGCAAGAUUUUUUUGACGAAGUUGAAAUAUUCCGCAAAGCCCUGAGCAAGAUCAAUAAAUGUGGCGGCGUAGAAUAUGUCAAAAUAAAUGGAACGGGCUCUCGGGGUCGCACUUAUUCUCGACACACAAAAAUAAACUGCAUACCAGGUGGCAUCUUCAUCCCCAUAUCUAGUACAUGAAUGGUGGACAUUCUUAAAAAGGAAUAUGUAAAAAAGGCAGUACAAAAUUAUUUAUUCACUUGUCCGCAAAUAGAUAAGUAUCA